AUUAUAACGGUGUCCGCCAGGCCCUCUCCUACACCUCAAUAUAUUUACAUGUAAUUAGGGUUAGACGCUUUAUAUUCCACACUGGAAGAGGGUUCACUCUCGAAAGUGUCGUGAAUAUUUUUAAGAGUUUGGAUAAGCAAACCUUGAUCAAAUAAGUUUACUGAGGGACUCCGUUUCAAUGGGAGACGGGGGAAAGUAAAGAGCUUGGACAACAAAAGUAAGUUGCAUUUAUUCGCUCCGUUUCUCCAGUCAUUACUGUGCAUACUUUCCACUCUCUGAGGGUCUGGCUCGGUGUACCACAAGAUACAUCUACAUGCUAAUUGGAGACAUCAUAAUCGAGCAACAAUUAUUCAACACGUUUUGGUACUAUAGUAACCAUGGUAGUUAUGGAUAACCGAUUGAUUUCGAACAAAGGAGAAUAGUAUAUCUUGCUCUAUCAAUUUGUUACCGCCCUAUAUUUCCAACAAAACGGAUUUAUAAUUGGAUGUAAUUCCAAUGGUAAUGUUGAUAGUUUGCUUUGCAUGUGGAGACAUCGCCGUGGCAGCAUAAUUAUUCUGGAUGGUAAUUAUCAGCUGAAUCUGCCGCUCUUAAUUGACAAUCAUCUUUUUACGUCCAGGCAAGGAUGAAUCUGACCAAAUCUUGGUUGGUUAGAACAUGCGUGAUCUCGCUGUGUCUUGGUUUCACAUUUCAUCUUCUCUUCUCAUAUCUCAUAGUUUUCAAUGACCAUGGUCCCACAAUUAAGAAACUCAAAAGAAGCCUCGUUGAUGUCGAAGAUGAUGUCCUUCACAUGGAUGUCGAUAAGAUGCUUAAUUUCGUUGGACUGAAAAAGGGAUUGAAUGUACUGGACAGUCGCCUAGUUUGGAAAUUACUAAGGAGUCGGAUAUUUAGCAAUGAUGAAUGUAUCAUUCGUAUAGCCAAGUACUGUGGGAACCGGUGUGAUCACAUUCUUGGGGAUCACUUGGACGAUCAGACAGAAUGGCUCCGGUUUUCUUGCCCCUUUUCGGAAUCCUGCGUCGUGGAGACGAGGUUCAUAGGUGAGGCUAAUCUAACGAAGAGACUAAUGAAAUCGAUUGACAUUCUUCUGCUUGUCGAUUCCUUGCAUGAAGGUCUCCAUCUAGAUCAGCUGAUGGCGGAACGACCACGUGGGCAGCUCUGGGUGCUCUUGUCUCGAGAGAGUCCCCAGCAUGACCAUGAAUACGCGCCUCCUCCCGGGAUGGGGAACCCCUAUAAUCUCACCAUGACCUACGCCUCGGACUCUGAUAUAUAUUUCCCAUAUUGCUACUUAAAAAGGAAACCUCUUAACUCCAUGUGGACCGAAACCUCUCCCGUUCCAAAGAAGACGAAGCUCAUAGCCUGGAUGGCAUCCAACUGCCGUCGCCUCUCUUGGAGACGCGGCGAGUUAGUCGAGGAGCUGAAGAGCUUUCUUCCUAUUGAUACCUUCGGGAAGUGUGGCGACUUGGGAAAGUUGACCGACAUCGAGGGGAGAAAGGUUCUUGCGGAUUAUAAAUUCUACCUGGCGCUGGAGAAUAGCGAAUGCAGGGAAUACAUCACCGAGAAGAUUUGGCGGACAUGUCUUCAGAACGGAAUCGUGCCCAUUGUCUACGGUUCACCUCGCAAAGACUACGAGCGGAUACUUCCACCAAACUCUUUCAUCCACCUCGAGGACUUUAGCUCCAUUGGAGACUUUGUCGAGUUCAUCUACAAACUCGACAAGGACGAUGAAAGGUACAACCGGUACUUCGACUGGAGGAAACACAGGGAAGUCGUUUGUCUUUCCGCUCGAUUCUUCAUCAUGUUUUCACCGGAAGUGAAUCUCUGCUAUCUUUUAAGGAAGUUCAUCCAUGUCUUUGUGUUCCCCGAGACCUUACUGCAGAAUAGAGAGCCGGAUUUCGGAUCAUGGUGGCGAGGAAAGUGCGCAGAUGCCAGCGCAAGAAAAGAAGUUUUUGGUAUCGAUGUACACCAGCCGAGAAUCAAAAAGAAGAAGAAAAAGGAUUCCAACAAACUCUAAUUCUUAAAAAGGAUCGGGUCUAGAGUUCAUUCUCUACCAGUGCAUACACUUGUGUUUUACUUUCUGAGAAAAGCGCAAGCAUAAUCUGUACAACGUGUUCUGGAGGAAUCUCCUCUCUGUGUUUGAGGGGGUAUGGCAAUCUUGAGUGCCCAUUUGAAUCCAUCAACCCAAUUACAUUCUUACUACUAGCCAAUAAUUACAGUCCUAUCCUAAAAUUUCCCCACCUUUUAUGAUUAUAAACAGAAGGCUUUUCAUCGUGUGCUCAUUGGGAAAAUUAAAAAUUCUUUUAUACUUUUGAUUAUUACAGAUAUUACUACUCAAACGCCUAUCCUUUCGCAAGAUUAAUUCCAUGAUACACUAAGCAACGCAAUUAAGUGACACCUCGAGCUAAAGCCGAGGUAAAAAAUACUUGCGCUAAUCCUCUUAAAAUAUGGUAUAAAUAGAACUAUUAAUUUCUCACCAAUCCUGUGAUGUACAAUCAUAUAAGAGUCAAUGAUAGCCUGGUUUGGAGUUUUGACUUUGAGUUCAAACACACAUUUUACAGUCAUUCCUGUACCUUGUGUUCAUACAUGGAAUAUAUAUGAUAUUUUUCAUACCAUGGAAUGUAAUAUUGCUUUAAUCUCUUUCUUUUAUUUUGUACCAUGAUUUUGCACUUCAAACUGACACUAAUACAGAAUUCCUAAUGAAUUAUGUUGUUAUCCAGUUAAUGAGAGGGAGUUGGGAGCUUUCUCUGACCCACUGGUCAUAAGACCGCAAGUUAGAAUGACCACUGUUCAUAACAAGUGCUAUUUAUGAUAGAAAAUUUUGUCAUUAUUCAUAAGAGAAUGUAUUCCUAUAAAGGCCGUUAUUCAUAAUAGAAGAGGAGCAUUAUUAUUCAUAAUCGUAGAAAAGAAUCGCUUAUAAUGACAAGGAAAAGUGAUCGUCAAUCAAAGGCUCUUUUUUCAAUGAAAAGCAUUAGUAUUCACGAGGUUCAAUAUUUAUAUUCUGUCAUAAUAAUAGAAGAAGAAAAUUUAUAAUCAAAAUCGAAUAAUGGUCUCUAUGUUUCCUAAUAAAAUCAACUUAAAAUCAAUCCUAAUAAAAUCAACUUAAGAAAAUCUUAUCAUAUUAUGAAUAGCGACAUUUUCCCCUAUUAUGAAUAGGAACCCUCUUCCCCAAAGGGGGUUAGGCACGUCCCCCUAUGUCCAUGGAUGCGGGCCUGCUUUCGCUAUUAAGAAGUAAUAAAACCGACAUUGUUUGAAUAUACUUUGAAACGAAGCACUGUCCCUUAUACCUCAGUCACAUUUGCUCUACGGCGGCUGUAUGGCGAGUCGAAAAAAGCCGUUUUUACAUUUCUUGUAUUGGCUACAUACAGGUGGUUUGAAUAAAAAUGAAUCACAUGGCUGAUUUUUGGCUCGCCGUACGACCGCCGUAGGGGAAAUGUGAAUGAGAUAUUAAUCAUGUAAUCAUAAAAGAAUAGACAUUUAUUGAUUUCCGUUUCACAAUGUUGUACGUAAUAUAGUAAACAUAUAAAGUAAAAAAAUGUUACAAGACACGUACGAUAUUUAUAUAGAUUACAACCAUAAUUAAAAAAUUACACUACUUCUGAUGAUUUUUAUAUUCAAGAUUAUCUUUAUUGAUGAAAAUCUAUUAU